ACCCUGCAGUGCUGGGUUCAAAUUCAGCGCAAGGAAAGUGAGUCAAGCCACCGAGAGGCUGUGCCGCUGUGGAGAAGUCAAUCCAGCAUGCAGGCUGCGCUGCGGCUGCACGAUGCUUAACUGUGGUGUGGCAUCCUCUCUUUAUGAAUCUGCAUCUAUUCUCCAGUUGCACACACCCAUCUACCUGAAAUUCACAAAUAAACCAUAGUAAUAACAUAAUUUCAAUUACUCACUUUGUCGAAGGCAAUUUAAGCAUCUUAUUAUUUUGGAUCUCUUUUUUUUUUUUUUUAAGUCCAUGCUUCUGGUGUUAAAUGCAUCCAAGUCUGCAUUACUGAUUUGCAUUCCCCCUUCAUGCCACACCCCUCCACUAAGACUAUGUAUACUGCACAGAUAAUCGGUCUCUAAAGGAAUGUCACAUGGCACCCAUCAGACAGAUGAGUGAGCCUCAUGUUAGCUGCCCACCUCUGUGCCCUGGAGCUCCAGUGUCCUAACACCACCCUGACUCUUUCCAAGGGCACCUGUAUCCUGGUGCAGUAGUUAGCCCUUGCCAGAUACUAGACGUACAGAGUCAUAGCUGAACCCUCAUUUUGGAAGUUGAAAUAGGAACCAGAACCAAUCAGAUUUCGGAUGAGGAUGGGUGCACGUGGAAGAAGAAGAAGACGUCAAUCAUCGGAUUAAAGUGUUGAUCAAAUGUCCCCUGUAUGGCUUCUCAGUGACCUACAGUCACUGCACUGUGUGGAAGACUGUGCUUCUGGAGCGGAGGAGGCCCUGGGCCAAGAGAAGACACGAGGCCCUGGCUCCCCUUGCCUAUCUCUUUGGCAAAGUUCUGUUUGCAUUGAUCCAACCCUGUGACGAAUAUCAGAAUUCAGAGGACAGAUGCAAUGCUCAGGGGAUGAAAUUCAACCAGUGCCGGCCAGUGGAGCCUUGACCUUGCCAGCGAUUACUUCACAAAGAAGUCUCUGCUGCUUUUGAAUUCAAUUACACUGGACAGGGGGAGCCAGUCUCCGGUGCUCUUUCAUGAUGGAUCAGGCAUCCUCAGGAAUCCCGUGGUGCUACACACCCCUGGACCUUGCCAGGCGCCCCAGGAGUCAGGAGUUAGCCUCUUCUGAGGCAUACAAAGGUUUGGGUCCCUACAGAUUUAUUUGUUUAUUGGCUGACUGACUGAUGUUCUAAUCAUUAGAGUCUAAUGUCUUUCUCGAGGUGUGGAGAUCCUACCUCUCCUCGCUCUGUUUUUAUCUCACUCUGUUCCCGUGUGCCACUGGUAGUCUUUUGUUCCUCUGUCUUCCCCACUGGUUUCCUGUGUCAUAUGGAGGUUUCAUUUUCCAUAAAAAGGUGAGGAGAGCUGCAGAGAAAUCAGAGCAAGGCCAUGCUCCCUAGUCCUUUGAGGUCUCUGCAGCUCGCUUUUCCUGCAGGUGAGACCUCUGGAAGACAGACAGAGGCUUCAGUUGUCUCCAGACACAGCACCUCUGGCAGAUGGUGUCAUGGGGAAGAGAAAGAAAAAUACCAGUGUGCAGACAGUGAGCAAUUCCAGCUCCACAGGACAGACCCCCCUGCAAUCACUACUGGGACAGCAGUACACAACCAGACCUGUGAGACAAAAGCCUUCAGCCCAUUCCCCCUAUGUGUGUGCCUGGCUCAGAUCUCCACUCAAGCAAGAAGGAAUCUCCUACAAACCCACAGUGGUAGAGAAGCCUCUAGAAACAUCUGUGUCCUAUCAUUAGAAACCUGGGACCAAAGAGGCACCAAAAAGAAUAGGCUGAGGAGAACAGAGAAGAGGAACAGGAAACAGGAAGGGGAGCCCACAACACUGUAGGAUACUGUCAGCAUGCCACAGGUAGACUCCUGUCUUCCUGACUGCUCCCCCCUCUGUCAAUAAAGUACGUCAGUCACUCACAAUUGUUCUUACCCCAGGCCAGUGACCACAGCCUCACUGCUCAGUGUCCCAUGGGAGCAAGUUUCCCUUGGCAAACAUGUACUGACAUCAUCUGAUGAUGGACGCUUGUUGGCAUAUGAUCGUCAUUAUAAAGCAAUGGAUUUCAUAAAGGCAUUCAUGCAAGUACAUCAUGUACUCCAACUAUAUUCACCCCUCCCCCACACCAAGAUUUCUAAAGCUUCUUGAGUAGUUCUAAUUAACAUCUGGGAACCACUGAAUUAUUUUAGCUAAGUAAAUCCCCACCUACGCCCAGAAGAGAUCUUAGCAACAGGUCUGACUUCCUCUGGAGUGAAGAAUCCAUCAGACUUGAUUGAAUUAGAAAUAUGGGUGCAAGCUCAGGACCAUGCAGUAGUCCCUGAACACACACAGUGUGGCAGCCCUGUGCUCAGGCCUUUCUGUGCAGUACCCAGCUGGACCCAACGAAGAUUGCUCAGUUCCCUUCUAUUGGCAAAGCACCUUGGGGGUUCUCUGCACAGCUUCUAGUCUUCAUGUUCUGACUCUCUGUCUCCCAGACACCAUGCAGGUGGGGAUGUUUCCCAGAUGCGGAGGGGGAAAAUGAUCUUACAAGUUAGGGGCUCGCAAGCACAGUGCUGGAGGCUGCAAGGACUCGGGGUGGGGAAGGCCGCCCCUUUUACUGUAGAGCAAAACAAUACAAGCAUACUUGGAGCUGUUUUAUUAACUAUACAAGAAUCAUGGAAAAGCUAUAGGUAUGGAUGGGCUAACAGACCAGCCCGCUUGUGGUCUCUAAAGCUCCUUCAGUCCCUCUGACUGUUGACUGAGCAGGGUUUCCUACCUGCCCCAGCUUUCUCUUCUCCAUACCUAUGGGCUGUAUGGUGAGCAAGCAGACCAUCUGUUGAAGGAGUGUGUCAUUUACAUGUAUAAAGCCACGAAUUAAUCUCCAGGCUUUAUGCAGACAGACAAGUGCUCUCCCAUUACUGAGCCAUUACUCAGACACCACAGCUGUGGCCCUCUAGGGUCUUCCGCCACCAUCCUCUUCUUCACCACAGCUCAGGGAUGGACUUUGAACGUGUUUCUUGGCUUCAACUUCUCACCACAGACACUUGAGCCUCUCCCGAGUUUAUCCUCCCACACCUUAGAGAUGUUGGCCUAAGUAGCCAGAGCGACUACUUGAGGCAGGAUGCUUAUUUUCAACACGAAUAGAAACGAUUGCCCUUGCUUUGGCCCUGCCAAGCUGUGCCUGAGUCAUGUGUCUUCUGGGGCGGCACCGGGAAUGCCAGCUUGACGUUUCUCAAAGCUGUCGGGUUUGUGAGAAGCUGCUGCUGGCCUCGCUUUCUCGGGGGAUAUGGGUCACAAUGGGGAGCUGGAGGCGGGUCUGCCAUCCAAAUGUUACUGUGUGUUUCUCUCUUCAAGGUCAGUAAGGAUUUACUCAAAAGUCACCUUGGCCUCAGGACGUUUGUCAAGCAUCAGCAUUUCUUAGGAGGUAUCUUCUUUGGGCAAGACCAAUCCCCUACCCUGAAAGGAAGCCAAAGCUGCUAAAGGCAGGGGACAGGGCCAUGUGCUCGAUGAAGCGGGAGGACACUGGGCUGGCGUUCUAGAAGUCCUGAUCGGUGGCACUACUUUGCUUCUAACUUGCUUGAAAACCUUGGGCAUACUAUUCCACCUCUAUGGGCCUUAGCUUCCUUAUCUGUAAGAUGAAAGGACUGCACACACAGCUGCUUGCCAGGAACAGGGGUCAGGCUUAACCCAUUGUGUUAGCACAUAUUAUGGGAUAACUUCUUCCCCUCGUGCUAAUGAAUAAACGAGGAAAGCUCAGUCCUGUUUUCCUGUUGUGUGACCAGAGCUACUUUCAUUCUUUGCUAUUCAUGACCAAUGCCAUAACUUGCAGGGACAGAAACAUUUGAACUGUCUGUCAAUGGGAUGUUUCUGCAGAAUCAGCUCUUAGUUUACUAAGUUCUUUGCCCAGAAGUCUUUCUUGGCUCUGAUACAUCCAGGCAAGCUAAACAUAUGGGAUAUGAUAAAGAAUAUAUACAGGAAUAUGAUAAAGAAUAAGACACCAUCAAGUGAAGCCAAGUGAAAGCCAUGUGCACCCAGAAGAGCUCGUGCUGAGAGGGACAUGGAUGGGGAGUAUGGUGGGAGGCCAGGAAAGGGUAGAAGGUGACGAGGAACAGGCAAGAUCAAAGUGCAAUGAGACAAGAUAGAAGUGUACUCUGAGAAGUUUCAAGGUUACAGUUGUGGUCCCCUCUUACUAGGGCUUCAUGUGUUUAUGUGUAUAAACUCAAAUUUUAAGCUAUACUGAGCUGAAUUGCUUAUUUUCUAGAUAUACAUCAGCUGUAAAGAUUUGCCAAAAACCUAAGAAAGAAGUCCUAUAAAGAAGGACCUCUGUGUUUGGAGCGUCAUAGUGAUGAACAGUAACUCCCUGUGUGUAGUAAAACUCCUCGGCUGCAGACCCAUCUGCUGGUCUAUGACCUAUCAUGAGCAAGAGCAAGGCUGGAUAUAAUGGGUGUCCAGAGACCAGCAUGGAGCCUCACUCUGAGGAGCUGGCCACCCCAUGUUGGUCAAUUGCCCACAGGCUUGUCUGGUGGCUAGCUAGGGUGGGUGGGUAGAUGCCUGGAUGGGAAAGACUAAGCGGCUGUAAAGCGUCUAUAGAAGUAGCUAAUCUAUACCUCUAAUAGACUUUAAAUAUAUAUUUCUAUUGUCCUAGAACAUAAAAAUAAUUUAUGUAAGCUGAAAUAUCAGAGCCUCCAGUCAGUUAAACUAUUUUUAUACUGUAUGUAGAACAAUGUUUUUCUCAUAGUAGAAAAAAAGCAAAACCAUUGUUUUAUGUUUGCUUUGUCUGCACAGAGAAAAAUAAAACAAAACUACAUUCUACAUGAAGUUUCCACUGUUGGUAACAUGAUACACAUUAAUCCUUUUUUAAAAGCCAUUAAUUUAGCAUAAAAGAAAUUAAUGGGGGGGGGCUUGUCCUCAAGGACAUUAGCUUUUAAUGUUUAAGAAGAAAUGAUUUACAACAGAACCUACCUCAAAUAUCAUUGCUAAACAACAAACUGGAGUGAAAAAGAAAAAAAUAUCCAUUGUUACAUGUUCUGUAUAGGCUAGGCUUGCAUUGUAUUCAUACUCCUCCUAUCAACACUCUCAAGUUCUGGGGAUGCAGGUACACCUACCACACUGUGUUUGGUAACCCCAUCUGAAUUCAUCAUUCUUUGGGUACCACUUUUUUUCAGUAAAGACUACAAUUUUGCCUUUUGUGCGAAAUGUGUUCUUUUUCCUCCCAUCAUGCCUAUUGCACCCUGUCAUCAGAACUGUAAGACUAUUAUCCUUUGCUGAAUCGGGGCUCCUACGGAUCCUGAGAGGGGAGUCCAGGGCAUCAGCUGGGCCAGUAGGGUGAUUCUUCCAGAUGAGAUGACAGAACCCAAGUUGGGAAACCAGGCAGAGCAAUAGAACGUGGCAUAACAGCCACUGACCAGGCAUUUGUGCCCCAAACAGCAAUAGGCACCAAGCUCCCACCACCCAUAACUCUCCUCUGAGUCUUGGUCUUUGGACACAGGGCAUUGACUUAUUUUCUGGACAGACUCAGAGUCAAGGAAGAAAGGACAGUGGCUUCUGAUCUUUAAGACGUAGCUUUCAGAGAUAAAGACUUCUGUGAGAGACUAUUUCUUAGCCCUAUUAAGGGGAGGGAUGUGAAAAUGAUGGGUGUGAGUGCCAGGCCCUUGAGGCAGUAGCCAGAGAUCUUGGGACUUUAGACUCACUGGCACCAGGACACUGACAAGGUCACAAUCUGGAAUGUUGGUAUUCAGAUGACACCCUGGGCUCUGUCCAGUAAGACAUUGUGGCAACUCGGCAGGACCCACAAGAUCCAAAAGGAGCCCAACUCAGCUACCUUCCCAUUACUGUGAUAAAAUACCAUGACCAAAAGCAGCAUGGGAAGGAGGGGGUGCAUUUCAGCUUCACUUCAGUAGCACACUCUGUCACUGAGGGAACUCAAAUAGGGCAGGAAUGUGGAAGCUGAUGCAGAAGCCAUGAAGGGAUGCUGCUUACUGGCUUGCACUCUGUGGCUUGCUCAGCCUUGCUUUCUUAUAUACUCUAGAACCACCUGCCGAGGGCUGGCCCCACUCACGAUGAGCCAGGCCCUCCCCCAUCAAUCUCUAAGAAAUGCCUCCAGAGUGCCCCCACAAGCACUUUCUGGCAUGGCCAUUUUCUCAAUUAAAGUUCUUUCUUCCCAAAUGACUCAUCUUAUGUCAAAUUGACAUAAAACCAGCCAGCAUACUGUCCUAGUUCUUCUGGAACCUGGCAUGGCAUACCACAGGUGACACGCCCUGCCUGGGAUUAACACAGCCGAAGGGCUCUUAUCUGUGGCAAUUACUUACCCUCAUCCACCAGCCAGGAAUGACUCACUGUUCAGGAGACAAGAUGGUAAUAUCCAUAUCUGCCCACCUCAAGGUCAUCCAGGACUACAGGCAAGACCAGUGUCCAUCUUCUUGUGUGUGCAUUAUGUGGGGCAGGCAGGGCUUUUGGCUAAACCUAAUCAGGAUACAUAACUCUGCUGAUUCAUUACUGCGCUGCAGACAUCAAACUAUGUUUUCUGUUUUGAUGGAUACAACCCUCCUGCCAUUAAGCACUGAGUCUCCCACACAUUAUUUAUUGGUUUUAUAUUGGCACAGGCAAAUCUCAAAAAUACUAAUCUGUUUAAAACACCGGUAAUCUGUAACCCUGAAAGAUAGGGAUAUAUAUGGAAUUUUCCAACCUUGCCACACAGUAACUUGAAAUAGCUAUGUAUUUUAAGGAAAAUAAAUUUGAUGCCUUCAUGUGUGGUGUAGAAGUUGGCCAGUCAGCAAAAUGCUUUCUUUCUUGUUUGUUUGAUUUUUAAAGAUUUAUUUACUUUAUGUAUCGAGUAUACUGUCGCUGUCUACCAGAAGAGGCUAUUUAAUCCCAUUACAGAUGGUUGUGAGGCACCAUGUGGUUGCUGGGAAUUGAACUCAGGACCUCUGAAAGAGCAGUCAGUGCUCUUAACCACUGAGCCAUCUCUCUAGCCCCAGCAAAGUGCUUUUUGAACAAGCUUAAGAACUUGGAUUUAGAACCCAGAAUCCAUGUUUAAAAGUUCAGAUUUAGUUGCAUACACUAGAAUAUGAAGCCCUACAGGUCCAGAGCCUCCUGACUAUGGGGAUGUACUAUUGUGCUGUGCAGGGAACCUUGAGAUAAUGAGGCACAAAGAGUUGAGACACUUGACACAGUUUCUCCACCAGGGGGAAAAAGCUGAAGCUGAAACCCUAAUCCAGCCGGCCUAGCUUCAGCUUCCGCUGCUAACAAGAAAAUCUGAGCAGGGGAGCCCUUCACUGUUUCUAAGUUUACAACAUCAGUCACUACUACCUAUGUUCUGCAUGUGUGCAUGUGGGUGUGUCUACAUGUGGCUAUGUGUGUCUUUGUGUGUGCCUGUGCAUAUGUGUGUAUAUGCAUUUGCAUGUGUGUGUGUGUGUGUGUUUGUACAAGUGAGUGUGUGUGUGUGUGCGCGCGCGCGUGUGAGAGAGAGAGAGAGAGAGAGAGAGAGAGAGAGAGAGAGAGAGAGGGAGAGACAGAGAGAGACAGAGAGAGACAGAGAGACAGAGAGACAGAGAGUGCCACUGCAUGGAUGUGGAGGUCAAAGGUGACAACCUUAGGUCCUUAGGUGUCAACCCUGGAUUUCUACUCUAUCUGAGACAGGUUCUGGCUUUUUUGAUGCUCACCACUUUAUAGUCCAGGCUAGCUGACCUUCAAGCUUUUAAGAAUUCUCCCCUCUCUGCCUCUUCUUCCACAGGAGUACUGAGAUUACAGAUGUGUGCUGCACACCUGAUUGUAUGUAGCUUCUUUGGACUCACACUCCUGUCCUCCUUGCACUGCAGGCUCGUUACCCGGCAGCUACUGAGCAUCUCCUAGCCCUUAAGACCUUGCUCUAUGUUUCUCCGCAGUGACUUUCUAGCUCAUCAACCUCUGUGUUUACUGUCUGCUUACUGACAUCCCUCUCCCUGUUUACUCGCCUAACCCUGUGCUUGAUAAACAACGGCUACUUUAGAAAGAUUGGCUGAAGAAGAGAAGGGACAAGAUAUAUUUCUGCAGUUUAUCCAAGAAUAAUUUUCUUGCCUUAAAAACGGGCCAAGGUCAAAUUACUUGUGGUCCUUUCAGAAUGAACUGUCUUGUCCUGGAAGAGUUGGCCUUGCAUGUUGGUGUGACCCGUGCUCCUCACAGAGCUGUAGCCACAACUGUGGCCAUGGAACAUCACCACACUCUGACUCCCCUGAGGCCACAGACUUGGCCUUAUGCAGGUUUUACCAAAUGGUAGAGUCUGAAAAUCCCAGCCUCCACCCACUACAGAGGCUAGAAGGAAGCUGAAAUUCUAUGUGGAAUGCACAAGUCUCUAUAUGCAGUUCAGAAUACUGAGUCCUCUAUACUGGGCAAGCCGCAGCCGCACAGCUGGGAGUGGCAUCAAAGGGUGGUUUGUUUGGGUGAUUGUUCACUGUACAAAGCACAGUAGGGAUUGGAGAUGUUUUUAUUUGUGACAAAAUGAAAAACUAUUUAACAAGCAUCUCUGUCAUUUGAAUCUGGGACUGUUCAUACACAGAAACCAGUGGGUUACCUUCAUUCCCCCACCCUUAGACAAAAACAGGCAUACUCCACCCGCAGAGCAAUGAACGUUCUAUUAAACCCCCAGAGCUCUCUCAGACACAUUCUGCAAUGCUGCUCUGAAAAUUGUCAUUCCUUAGCCAAAAAAAAAAAAAAAAGAAAAAAAAAAAGAAAAAAGAAAAAAGAAAAAAAAGACAUUUGGUAACUGUGUAGCUUCCAGAAGAAAUUUAUCUGGCUCAACUAGGUAACAGUGACAGGGACAGAGCAAGAGUCAGAGGAGGACACCUGGUUUCUACUUUGUAAUAAAACCCAUAAGGCAAUUAAUCUUUUGGCCAGAGGUGAAGAGUCACAUGACAACACAAAACUACAAAGAGAGGAGACAAAUAUGGAACACGAGAAGGACAGAGAACAAGGGGACACCAGCAGCUGGGCCCGGGCUGGCAGCUGCUCCCCUCGGCCUGCACAUGGCUUGCUUGUAGUUUAGCUUUGGCAUCAUAAUCCCUAAUGGUUUAUGACACGCCUUUAAGAAGCUUCGAUGGCAGUGUUCCAUCUCCCUAAAGAUAACCCUACCGUGCUUCGGUAGGUUCAGCACUGGAGAAAUUUGGCUAAGAUGAUUAAAGGUCUCCUUUAAGGACAGGCUCUGAUGUGAAGCUAGUCACCCAGCUGCCCUACAAGUCAACUGUCUGCUGAAAUGUGUGAUCCAUGGCCUGUCCCCUAGUGCUUUGUCCAUAGGGUGGAGUAUCCUUGUUUCGACAUCAAAAUGUCUAGGAACCAUCAGUUGCCAGCCAACAUCUCUGACACUGGUCUCUGUAAAAACAGCGGGACAGGUCAUAUAGAAGAGAUAUCAAUUACAGCUUUGUAUCAGCAAUCCAGCCAUCGUCUGCUGCCGCUGAGGUUCUCUGGCCUAUAAGAAGUCUGAAUGGCCCUUCAGUGUAGGACUCAUGGGUAACGAAGCCACAGUGUACAGAGGAGAAGAGAGCAUACUGGAUCUUUACAGAAUCAGAAGUCAGCUUGAUACAUGAUUGUGAACUAAAAACACUUCUGAAAAAUCUCUUCACUGGUCCGAAGAGCUGCCCUCACACACAACGACAACCACUUCAACUAUGAGAAGACACACAACUUCAAGGUGCACACAUUCCGGGGCCCACACUGGUGUGAAUACUGUGCCAAUUUUAUGUGGGGGCUCAUCGCCCAGGGAGUCCGGUGUUCAGAUUGUGGGUUAAACGUACACAAACAGUGCUCCAAGCACGUCCCCAAUGACUGCCAGCCAGAUCUCAAGAGGAUCAAGAAAGUGUACUGCUGUGACCUCACCACGCUUGUCAAAGCUCACAACACUCAGAGACCCAUGGUGGUGGACAUAUGUAUUCGGGAAAUUGAAGCAAGAGGAUUAAAGUCAGAAGGGCUUUACAGAGUCUCUGGAUUCACAGAACACAUUGAAGAUGUCAAGAUGGCGUUUGACAGAGAUGGUGAAAAGGCGGAUAUCUCUGCCAACAUCUACCCAGACAUAAACAUCAUCACUGGAGCCCUGAAACUGUACUUCCGAGACUUACCCAUCCCUAUCAUCACAUAUGACACCUACUCCAAAUUUAUAGAGGCAGCAAAAAUCUCCAAUGCGGAUGAGAGGCUGGAAGCUGUCCAUGAGGUCCUGAUGCUGCUGCCUCCUGCCCACUAUGAGACCCUGCGCUACCUGAUGAUCCACCUGAAAAAGGUUACCAUGAAUGAAAAGGACAAUUUAAUGAAUGCCGAAAAUCUGGGGAUCGUGUUUGGGCCCACCCUGAUGAGACCCCCUGAGGACAGCACCCUCACCACCCUCCAUGACAUGCGGUACCAAAAGCUGAUCGUGCAGAUUUUAAUAGAAAACGAAGAUGUUCUGUUUUAAUCCACCAGGGAAGUGAGCUGAUAGAGCUAGUGGAAUAAAAACGUUUCUCACACUUGAUUUGUUUAUUCAAACAAGUGGCAGAAUUUCCUGGACCACAGUGGAUCGCAGAGUUGGGGACUGUGUCUCCCGCCUCCACGUGAGAGCAAGGGUGAGGGUAGGAAACCCCUUACCUUGGGUCUUUUGCCGUGCCUCGUAUGUAUGUCUGUUUUGCUGGAAGAGUGAUUAAUAAAUCUUUCUUUAACUUAUUAAAAAAAAAAACUAGACUUUUAAGCUUCGGUCUUAACAGUAAUAAAAGGGAACUUAGUUCAUAAAGGUACUUGGUACAGUAUGCAUUUCCCACCUUCAAAAAGAGAAGACAAUUCUAUAUGUUAAAUGUUAAAUGAAACCUAUAUUGUAAGAUGUAUUUUAUUUUAGCUGCAAGAAUGUUAUUUUAUUUUAGCAAAUAGAAUCCAAUGCAGUGCGUUGGUUAUGGCCCUGUAUCUUGUCCCCUUCUUGCUGUGAUGCCUGGUGAACGUUGACCGUGAAUGCAGUGUCACCUUGACAUACCUCUGUCCCGAUGAGUUCUUCCAUGAGAGUUCACACCUCCUCGUGCCCCUGCUUUUCACAGCUCCUGCUCCUCAGCACUGGCUUUUCUGCUGUGAGAUAGUGUAUGUUCAUAGUGUUUCUAGGCUGGUCUGAAGCAUCUGCCAAUUUCCUUUCUGUGGGCUUUUUGAGGCUUCCCAAAGGAUGUUAUGGAAUUAGUCAUGGCCUCUCCAUAUCUCCCGUGUACAUCCUAUUACGUGCAGUGUGCACCGCUACACAAAAUGACUUGAGGACACUGGAUGCAGCUGGACGGUGUCACAGAAUUAGCACUUUCCCUCUCCUCAGCCAGGCCCUUGAGACUGAUGCCAAUGGCAAGUUGAAAUUCUUUGCCGCAUUUCCAUAUGGAUGAAUCAUGAACCUUGAAGGAUCAUUGUUGAAUCUUGUUCCUUUCUUUCAUUUUAUAAACCAAUUAUUAAAUUAUGAAUAGAUAAGGUUGGUAUCUUUUAAUCAAAUGUUUUUCCUUCAUAAAAGUUGCUCUGUAUGGAAGAUAAUUUAACAUAAUUUUAUUACUAGAAACACAUCCUGUCGGUUAUAUUUAUCUUAGCAUGAGAUUUCCACACCAAGAUCUCUAUAUUUUGUAACAUAGGCAAAAAUAUUUAAAACAGCAAAAACUGUACAUUUAGAUUUUUAAAGCCAGUGACUUUCCCUUGAUUGUCUGAGAUGACCCACACACUGACAAGUCUUGCUUAGAGUGCCCAGAAGAAAACUGCCCUGUUACAGUGAUAGAGACUGCAGAAGUGCUCUAUUAGCCUCCCCAGGCCCUGCAGGCAGAAUCGUGGCAUCUGGGGCUCAGUUUGGCUUGCUCUCUGCUGUCACUGUCCCUCAUGACUGUACAGAUUUGUUUGUUGUGGCUUCUGUUCUUCUUGAUACUGUCAAUAAUAAUCUGGAAAUGGUUUUAUUUUGUGAAGUGAGCAAUACUUUGUAAUUUAUGACAGUGUAAUGGAAGGAAAACCAUUCCAUGUAUUAAAUACUCUGUCCAUCA